AUGCAUGAAUUCAAAAACAACUCAUCAGGAGUGGCUUCUGCUUUGAAACAUAACACGACAUCAUCAAAUAAUAAUGCUCAUUCAUCUCGGAAUGGCUCUGUUGCUUCAUCAUCAAAAUCAGCUGCAACAAAAACAACAAGCAAAAGGAUUGGAUCAACCUAUGAAAAAACAUUUUCUGCUCCGAAGAAAUCGGAAAAAGUCGUCAAAGAUCCUAUUCGAACUGUAACUGGGAGGAAAGAUAUUCUCGCAAAGGAAGGGAUCAUGCCUACGAAGCACAUUGAAAAAUCUGACGCUGUUCGAGGAACCAUUGCAAAAAAGCUGGGAGUACAAUCAUCGGCAAAGGACCUGUCAACCAAUCCGAAGGUCUCAAAACAAGUAACUGGUGCAUUUGGCAGAGAUCAGUGGGAUAUAGAGUUUGAAGAGGAAAAACUUGAAAAUGUCUUACCACAGAGAAUACAAGUCCCAAAAUCUGGUGACAUUGAAAGUAAUACAUUUAAUUGGACUGAAAGACUAGGAAGGGGCAAAUGCACAUCAGUUUGUGAUCUGAACGGAAAACCAACAAUUAAUAUUGAAUCAAGCUCUCUUCAUUGGUAUAUAUUAACAUAUGAAGAAAAGGCGUUUGUGGACUUGGAAAGUGAAGACUUUACCAUCCAUACAUUCCUUAAAAUCCAAAAACCUUACGAGAACUCUCAAUUUGCCAUCGUUAUUGACUAUGGGAUCAGCAAAAGGUUUAAAGACGAGUACAUUGCAGUCAUCAUGAAUUGCGGUCAAAAAUAUUGGAAAAUAGACAAAGUUGAAAGCAAGAAGACAACACCUGUACAGCAAGCAAUUGAUAAGACAUUGGCACCUUUAAAAUUAAUGGACAUUCAAAUUUCAUUAACAGACCGAAAGCUGACCUUAAAAAGUAAUGGUGCUGAAGUUUUCAAUGACGUAAUUUUACCUCUUUCAACAGAAGGGAGCAAAGAACGACGAGUUGGGAUGGGAGUAUUUUCGUCCAAAGCAACCGUGUAUUCAUGGAAGGUGUUUGACCCUAAAGAAGAGCAAAAAUCAAUAGAAGAGCUGCCCCUUAUAGAGAGGCCGUUUCCAGAAUAUGUCGACAAAUCACUGGCAGAAAUGAUCAAACGAGAUAUCAUAGAAUUCAACCCCAACGUAAAGUGGGACGACAUUGCUGAGCUUCAUGAUGCCAAACGAUUGCUGAAAGAAGCAGUUGUUCUCCCAUUGUUAAUGCCUGACAUAUUUGCCGGGUUAAGGUCACCGUGGAAAGGUGUUUUACUGUUUGGUCCCCCUGGAACCGGAAAAACUAUGGUCGCUCGAGCUGUAGCCACUGAAGGAAAAACCACAUUUUUCAACUGUAGUGCUUCGACACUGGUUUCAAAAUAUCAUGGAGAGUCAGAACGAUUGGUCAAGACACUAUUUCAACUUGCUCGGUUGUAUAGUCCAAGUACCGUUUUCUUUGACGAAAUUGACGCUUUAAUGAUGACAAGAGGUAGUGCUUCUGAGCAUGAAGCGUCGAGGAGACUAAAGAGCGAAUUACUUUCUCAAAUCGACGGAAUUAACAGUCAAAAUAGCAGGGUGAUGGUGUUGGCCACCACCAACAAACCUUGGGAUUUGGAUGAAGCAAUGAGAAGACGUCUUGAAAAACGAAUUUAUAUACCUCUUCCAGAUGAAAAAACUAGACUAGCCUUGUUCAAAAAUUUCCUCAAAGACCAAGAUCUUGAUAACGAUGUUUCCAUGGAAGGUUUAGGAGCCAUGACAGAAGGUUACAGUGGAGCUGAUAUUCAUUUAAUCUGUAAAGAAGCUGCGCUUCGUCCAUUAAGAAAAGAGCUGGAAAACAAAUCAACAGAUGAAAUUAUGAAGUUAAAAGAAGAGGGAAAAUUAAGGCUGAAUUUGAAAAUGGAGGACUUUUCAGAAUCCAUUAAAAACAUGAAACCAAGUGUUUCAGGAAAUGAGGUGGACAAGUACCUUAAAUUUGUGCAAGAAUUUCAAAGUGUGUAA